AUGUCAUACGACGACGUGGAGAUAGAAGACAUGGAGUGGAACGAGGAGCUCCAAUCGUUCACGUAUCCGUGCCCGUGCGGCGAUCUGUUCCAGAUAACGAAGGAGGAUCUCCGGAUCGGUGAAGAAAUCGCUCGGUGUCCGAGCUGCUCCCUCUACAUCACUGUCAUAUACAACCCAGAAGAUUUCGACGAGGACAAGUCGAAGGGGAAGAAGCAAGGCAAUAUCAUCCAGCAGCCGCAGCAGCAGAUUCCUGUUGCUUGA